GCGCAUUCAGGGAUGACGUGAAGAAGUUGCAUUCCGUGUUGCAGGGACCGUACAAUGUGCUGAGGAUGGUGGACAAGGACAUUCACUGCUUGUCGUGGGUGUACGAUGCCACUGUGGACCUCAAGAACUGCGUUGCGGAGGCCACACUUACAGAUGCUGAGCGGGCCAGUAUCUUGUACGAUGUGGGAAAGAGGACGAACAUGCUUCUGAGCCCGGUUCACGUUGUGGCCCGACUAUUGGACCCUCGAUUGAGGGAUAUCACGGUCUUCAGCAACGCGCAAUUGAUGGCGCAGUUCGACAGCGUGGUGGACCGCCUUGUGGGAAAGAAGGGGAGUCGGGAGUUCGACGACUGCAAAGACCAGUUAGAGGAACUAGAGCAUGUGGUCCCUUGUGUAGACGAAGACGAGGAACUAGUUGAAGCACAAUCAUACAGAGAAGCUUGUGUACUCGCACUGGAACCUCUGACUGAAGAGCAGGGGGAGGACGCGCCGACAGUAAGAGGAGGGUGGUUGGACCUGGAGCGUGACUGGGUGGACGAGAAUCUGGAAGGUGAGGCAAUUGGUAUGCUUGACGCGACAGACCAUGAUGCAGUCACGCAUCAAGUUAGCAGAUCUGAGAGGGGCAGCACCAAUAUCGUUGCUGCUCGUCGUGCAUCGGAGAAGAGGACACAGAGACAGGAUGUCAUUGACGAGGUAGACGAGGAGGGCGACGAGGAAGAGGAGGAGGAGGAGGACGAGGAGGAAGAGGACGGGGGAGAUGAGUUCCCUCGUGAGGAGUGGAAUGAUGACCGUUCUGACUCAGACAGGUCAUGGACACGACGGGAGGACAUUACUCCCUAUCAUCAGGAAGAGGAGCAGCAGGAAGAACAGCUGCAGGAAGAGGAGCAGCAGCAGGAGGAGCAACCCGAUGACGAGCAGGACGAGGAGGAACGGGAGGAGGAGCAGCAUUCGCGGCAAGCGGAGCAGCAGCAGAAGGAGGAGGAGCAGCAGCAGCAACAACAACAGGAGGAGGAGGAGGAGCAGCAAGAGGAUGCACAACAAGAGGAGCAACAGCAGGAGGAGGAGCAGCAUGAGGAGCAGCAUGAGGAGCAGCAGGAAGAGGAGCGACAACGCGAGGACCAGCAAGACCAACAGGGGCCGCGACAGGAGCCGCGUGCAUUCUACGGUCCAAGAAGACGACCACAACUGCUUGGUCGCCUGGGGGCGAAUGUUGGUGGCAUGUGGGAUCCUCUGAGUUAUCGACCUCCACGUGGGGGUAGAGGAGGUCGACGAUGUGCACCAUCUACCCGAGGGAGACCCAGAGGGCGUCCUCCUUCAAGUUCCUCGAGAGGAAGUAGACGUCCUUCUUCAAAAUCCUCCGAAGGAAGGGGGCGACCACGUUCUGCCCCUUAACAGGCAAAGGAGAGGGCUGACGAGGAGGUCGGGGAGCAGCAGGAGGGCGAGGAAUGAAACGAUGAUCAACCACUACACAAAACAAAAAAACGUAGGACGA